CUUUAUCUAAACAAGAUGAAAAAGUUCCUGUUGUUGCUUCUCUUCUGUCACGUCUCAUCUCCAGUGAAACAUUCACUCAAGUUUUUCGCCACUGCAUCUUCUGGACUCCAAAACUUCCCAGAGUACAUGGCUGCUGCAGUGGUGGAUGAAGUUCUGAUGGGUUAUUGCGACACCAAGAAAAAGAUAGUAGAACCAAGACAGGACUGGAUGAAAACAAUUUUAGAAAACAAUCCUCAGCAGUUGGAGUUUUACACUCAAAGAUGUUUUGAGGUUGAGUCAAUCUCCUUCAAAGCCACAGUGGAUGACUUCAAGCAGCGCUUCAACCAAAAUGGAGGUUUCCACAUUCUCCAGAGGAUGAGUGGCUGUGAGUGGGACGAUGAGACUGGAGAGGUCAAUGGUUUUAAUCAGUUUGGUUAUGAUGGAGAAGACUUCCUAGCAUUGGACCUGAAGACAUCAACAUGGAUCGCUGCAAAACCACAGGCUGUCAUCAUCAAAAAAAGAUGGGAUGCUGACAUAUCUAGAAUAAAACACAAUGACAAUUUCCUCACUGAGAUUUGUCCUAAAUUCCUAAAGAUGUAUGUGGACUACAGCAAGAGCUCUCUGCUGAGAAAAGAGCUUCCCUCAGUGUCUCUCCUCCAGAAGUCUCCCUCCUCUCCAGUCAGCUGCCACGCUACAGGUUUCUACCCUGACAGAGCCAUGAUGUUCUGGAGGAAAGAUGGAGAGGAGCUUCAUGAGGACGUGGACCUCGGAGAGAUCCUCCCCAACCACGAUGGAUCCUUCCAGAUGAGUGUUGACCUGGACCUUUCAUCAGUCCCAGCUGAAGACUGGAGGAGGUACGACUGUGUGUUUCAUCUCUCUGGUGUGGAGGACGACAUCGUCACCAAACUGGACAAAGUAGAGAUCAGGACCAACAGAGAGAAGACUUCUGACAUGACCAGUCACAUCGCUGCUGGAGUUGCUGUUCUUGCUGUCGUCAUCCUCGUCGCUGCCACUGGAUUAAUUUUUUGCAAAAAGAAGAAAACCAAACUCUCUCCACAAUCUCCUCACAACAACUCUACGCACUCUGAGCUCUCUGAGAAACUGAAUCCAGAGACCUGAUUUACAACCACAUCCUGCACUGGUAAAGCAGUAAACUAUUCACAUCUCCAGUUAAACAAUAACUGAAAUGAUAAGCUUCUACAACAAACCUUUAUUAAAGCCCCUAAAAAACUUGCUUUCAAAUCUUGAGUAUAACUAUAACAUGAAAGAGUCAUUAUGCAAAAUGUAUUAGGAGUUGACAAAAUGUUGAGUUUGUCGCUAUGUGGAAUUAAAUCUUUAUGGUGAAGGAUAUGUUUGUUUAAUUAAUAUCCUUUCUGUAUUAUAGGUUUAUAUACUCAAACAUUCAGUUCAUAUACUCACUAUAUAACUCUAUUUGUACUAUAUCUAUGCAUAUGGUUUGGGUCUUAUUUAUAAACUACUGUAACAUGUAUGGAACCAUCCCAAUGAAGUAGGGGUAAAUAAAAUGUCCUCUCUGGUGUUUGACAACUUGACAGCAACAUCCUGAUUAUUUAGC